AAACUAACUCCAUUAAAAUAAAUAAACAAACAAACAAUAAUCUUAUUCACCAACACCCAACCAAUUAAAAACCGGCCUUAAGAUCGAUCAAGUUGAGAAAACAAAACAAAAAUAUACAACCUAGCUUAUUAGAAUAUGGCUUCAACAUGGGGAGUUAGAACAAGCUUCCAAGUCUUCACCAUUAUUCUCUUUGCUUUUGUAAUCUCUGUCCUUUACUUCACAACCAAAGAAGAUGGAUCGAGAUCGAGAUCGAGAUCAUCACCAUCGUCGUUGUUGACAGAAAAUCAUAAUGUUGUUAGGGAUACAAUGGAGGAAGUAGAAAGGAUGUCCGGUUGCGAUUAUUUUUCAGGGAAAUGGGUGUUUGAUAAUCAAACAUACCCUUUGUAUAAGGAGAAAGACUGUACUUUCAUGUCUGAUCAAUUGGCUUGUCAGAAGUUUGGACGUAAAGACUUGAGUUAUCAAUACUUAAGAUGGCAACCUUACCAUUGUAAUCUCCCAAGGUUCAAUGCCACAGCAUUACUGGAGAAGCUAAGGAAUAAGCGACUUGUGUAUGUUGGAGAUUCAUUGAAUAGAGGACAGUGGAUUUCAAUGAUCUGUUUAUUGGAUUCCUCACUUCCUCCUUCCCUCAAAUCUAUCAACACUAAUGGCUCCUUAUCAGUCUUCAAAGCCAUUGAAUACAAUGCAACAGUAGAGUUCUAUUGGGCUCCAAUGUUGAUAGAGUCCAAUUCAGAUGACCCAGUAAAUCACCGGGUACCCGAAAGAAUAGUAAGAACUCAAGCAAUUGAAAAGCAUGCCAGAUAUUGGACCGACGCUGACUUCCUUGUUUUCGACUCCUAUUUGUGGUGGAAAAGGCCCUUCAUGAAAGUCUUGUGGGGAACAUUUGAAAGUUCAGACGGAAUAUAUAAGAAGGUAGAAAUGCUAAAGGGUUAUGAAAUGGCACUUAGGACAUGGUCCGAUUGGUUGGAAAUUCACGUUAACCAUUCCAAAACUCAUAUAUUUUGGAUGAGCAUGUCUCCAACCCAUGAAAGGGGUGAAGAUUGGGGAGGUGUGACAGGACAAAACUGUUACAACGAAACACAAACAAUAAAGAAGAAUGAUUAUUGGGGAAGUGGAUCAGACCCGAAUAUGAUGAAAUUAGUUGAAACGACAAUUGAGAAUUUGAAUAAAAAGGGGUUAAAUAUCCAAAUACUAAACAUAACACAACUAUCAGAAUAUAGAAAAGAAGCCCAUCCAUCAGUUCAUAGAAAGCAAUGGGAGCCUCUAACAAACGAGCAAUUAUCGAAUCCAAGUGGAUACGCCGAUUGUAUACAUUGGUGCCUUCCCGGUGUACCGGAUACUUGGAAUGAGAUUCUCUAUACUUACAUCUAUAGUACUUCUUUAUGACAUAUAUGGUAGAUUUAUAAUUACCAACUUGAAUGUAUUUGUUUUGAAGGGGUUUGCACAAAGUGAUUUAAACCUCCGAUCCAAACUAAUUAAUGUUGUUGAUUUUGCAAUGCCCAAAGGGCCUAAACCAUGCAAAAAUAGCAUAUAUGAAGUAAUCAAAUUAGUGUUGAUUUUUUCUUCUCA